AUGGAUUCAACCGAUGCUCUGAACCUUCUAACCCCCAGCUCGACAUCCCUCCCGCAGUACGGCUUCUCCGAUACCACUGAGUUUAGCCGUCUUUUCCAGAAAAAUCCAUUCCUAUUCCGGGUCUAUACGCCGAAAGAACGAUCUCCCUUCGCAGACGACACCGAUCCAUACUUCCUCGCCCCCAAAUACAACGAAGCGUACUCAGAGAGCCCAAAGAACUUGUCCCCUGUCGAUUCACCCACGAAGAGCCUAUUGCCGGCUUAUGCGGAAGUGAUAAGGCACCUAGAUUGGACGACACGAUCCUCGUCGCCUUUCAUCUCUACUUCAUUUAGUUUCGUCUGGGCGAUCUGGGAAGGCUUGCGACGCUAUCACACCAACGUAAAGCAUGACGUUCAUAUUGCGAUCAUAAACGCAGAGGACGUAGCCCAUCAUGCAUUCACAGCUGCGGAGAUACUCGCAUCUGCACGACCAGCCGAGCGGCAUGUCAAACAUAGGAAGUGGCAGCAAUACUGCCAAGAGUCACAGAUGGUCCUUGUAUACGGCUCUAUCCCUACAACCGCCGUCUAUAAUUCCGUGCCUCUUCUCGACAUACUGGAGAAACUCCCCUCCUACUUCCUCCAUUCGGAGAACACCCCAGUAUACACAGCUCCAUUUACUACUCCUCUAGACAGAGUCGCAUGGAAUUACACGAACCGCAAACUCAGCUAUCGACAGUUCUGCCGAGAAAUGUCUACUCGUUUCCAGCAGUUGCCAUUCGAAACCAGGCUGCGCGAUACAACUGCUGGCUCAGUUCGCCUCGCAGCUGCCUUCGUAUCUCCCUGGUUCCAUGGGACAAUCCCGGUGGACUUCUCCGGGUCAGUACGCGUAUUGACGAAGUUAGCUCUGGUCAUAUCGCAAUGGCCAGGGCAAUGGUGGUCUCGCGACCAUUACGCCGAAAUUUCUCAUGUCGUCCAAGCGAUUACGGUAGUUCUCGCCGAGCAAGUGCGAGAUAGCCUGAAGUCUGGUGCCCUCGAUAACACUCUAGAGUCUUGGACCCUCGAAGAAAUCCCUGAGGGAAUGCAACCGACUACGUUCGAGAUGUCUCCGAAAACUUCCGCCGGCCAAGAGACUAUCUCCAUCGCGCCUACGCCUAGUGAUGCGAAAUUACGAGAGUCUGAUUCGACAGACGUACCAAGCGUUUUGGAGUCAGAAGAGGCGACCGAUACUAUCCGACCAAUAAUCGACAAGAUAGCAAUCCAAAUCCCUAUCUCUGCUGGUAUCGACGACUUGGCUACACCAAGACCGCCACCGUCUGCGAUAUACAACAAAACGCCCACCAGCCUGCAUGAUGUCCUCAGAGCCGCUAACAUACUGGCACACGAGAAGAGUUACCAUACCGCAUCGGACAUGGAUUCUCAACGCUCGCGCAGGCUGAGCUCAUCUUCAAUCACUUCCUCUCAACAUACGCUGGAGGAAUCGAUUCUAUCGGACUCGGAUACCAUCGCUUGCGAUGACGAUGAGGUCAUUCACAACCACCAUCGCAAAUUGUCAGAAGACCUCUCAGCAACCACCUCUAUGCCUCUGCAGCUGAUAGACGAAGACCCCGAGUCCGCUUCAGAGCGUGAGUCCGAUUCCGAGCCGGAAGAAGAAGACUCAUGCAUGGACUCGUGCCCAGAGUCUGAGCCCGCAGUAGCAGAAGUUGCGGAAGAACUGGUACCAUCACCAUCGGCAGAGCCGAUAGGCGAAUUGAAUGCAGAUGAUUGGACGGUCGUCUCGCCAGUAUCAGCCGCACCCCACGACGAAUCUGCUGAAGAAACAAACAAACGAACAAGAGGAGACGGGCCUUCUGCCUUGGAGACGGCAUCAUAUGCUCUGACAUGCUUUCUUAUUGGAUCGUUCAUCACAUUAUGCGUCCUUUCACCGCAUCGGCGGGCCCUUGCACAUCUUACAUGA